GCAAAGAUCGGUUGUUUAAAAAAGAAAAUAAAAAAAUUAUAAAAAUAAAUUUAAAUAAAAUGUGUCAUUGGUCUUAUCAUCUUAUAGUUGGCAUAGUUUUGCUGCAGUUAAAUGGUGCCAAAGCUGAUUUUAAAUAUAAUGUCAGUCUGGCUCAAAUGGAUACCUGCCGCCAUUACACCAUACCCAAUAAUCGGGGUUACAGUUAUGCCGACUUCUUUCACAUACCCAAUUUAAAUAACAAUAAAGUGGCCAAUACGGAACUGUUACAUUUGAAAUUCUAUGUAAUGACAGCCAGAGAUGCCCACAUUUUGCUGGCGGUUAAUAAUCGUCCCAAAUUAAAUGAUCGGGUUUAUGAAAUUGUCAUUGGUGCGGGUCGUAAUACAUUUUCUACUAUACGUACCAGCAUGGGACGUCGUCGUGUGGCUACUAAUCAGGAGUCAAAUAUUUUAUCAAUGCUUGAUCCCACACCCAUUGAAAUAAUACAAACGAAGGAUGCCAAUUUAUUAGUUUAUAUACCCGGUUAUAAGGAAGAACCUUUAAUGAAUUUCACCGAUGCUUCUCCUUUGAAUAUCAACUAUAUAAGUUUUACUACUUACGAUAAUAUACCGGCUAGUUGGUUUUUCGAUUGCCAAUUUGAUGGUUUCUCCAGUGAACUCGAAGAUGAUGUCAGGCAUUUGACGCCCCAUCAACGUUUAUUGGAACAUAUUACUACUAAGGCAGAGAAUUCUUCAUUCCCGCCGGAUUUGAGAAGCGUGAAUUUUUCUUUUAAUAUUGCUGCCAUUCGUUAUCAACAUGAUCAUGGUUUUUUGCAAACUCGUUUGAAUGUGAUUUUGAAUUGGCAGGAUCCUCGCAUAAAAUGGAAUCCGGAAGAUUUCGAAUUCAUCGACACCGUACAAUAUAACGAAUAUGAUAUUUGGAUGCCACAUAUUAUGGUCAUCAAUGCCGCCGGCAAAAGUCAUCGGAUAUUUGAUUUUUAUCAUGAGAUAAGAAUUGAAAAUAAUGGCUCUGUUACCCUAAACUUUCCCGAUGCUACACUCACAACCUGGUGCAUAAAUCCCGAACGAAACUGGCCCAAUGAACAAUUAAAAUGUGACAUAGAUUUGGGUUUAGCGGCAGAACCUUUGGAAAAAUUACCUUUAAUUUAUAAAGAUAAAAUGGCUCACAUCAAUGUGGAUUCGCUAAGUGAGUGGCGUUUACACAGAGUAGCGGUUAAUCCUAUAGUUAAGGGUAUAAUGGCUCGGUUUACCGAUAAAGAUAUAAUACAAACCAUGGAUGGUGAUAUAUCUAUAAUAUUUGAGAUAUCGCGUAAUAGUGCAUUUUAUAAAAAUGUAUUCUCGAUGCCUAUAUUGGCUUGUCAAACUUUGAUUAUAUUAUCAUUUUUAUUGAGAGGCUAUCGUCGUGGUGCUUUAAUUUUGGUGGUUAUUUUAAUUUUAAUGUUGGGUUUAAUGUUUAUCACCAAACAUGCCCCUACACCCUAUGUUCCUGAUAUAAUGUUGGCCUAUCAGCAUAUUUUACGCAUAGCCACUUUCUGUUAUAUGUUGCAUAUUGGCAUUAUAUGGCUGGAAUUAUAUCCACCCAAGACCAAGCCUCAUCCUUGGUUAAUGUCCAUUUUGAAUUUCUCUCCCUUACGUUUGUUGUUGUGCAUGAGAUUGGCAGAUUCCAAUGAUUAUAUUCAGAUUCAACAAUAUCCUUGGAAGGAAAUUGCCAAAACUCUAAAUGCUUUAUGUUUUCUAAUAGUCAAUGUAAUUUUCAUUAUUGCAGUUAUGAUUUUAUUACCUCAUGCUUAAAUUCGAAUAACUCGAAAUUAAUUUUCAAAUUUAUAUUAAGAAAAUUUUAAAUAUGCAGUAUUCCAUUAAUUAAUACAAAAUUAAUUGUAUAUAAAAUUCAUAAUUAUUAAAUGUAAUAAAAUAUAUGAAAUAGAAAA